UCGCUAGGUAGCUCGCAAGUCACUACACUGCACUGCCACACAUCACCACUUCAAAUUUUCAAACUCUCGCGGUGUUGAUCAUCAUGGCCGGCUUCGGGUCUCCCUGCGGUGCCUGCAAGUUUCUCCGGCGGAAGUGCGUGGCCGGCUGCGUCUUCGCCCCCUACUUCCUCCACGAGCACGGCGCUGCCCACUUUGCAGCCGUCCACAAGGUGUUUGGGGCCAGCAACGUUGCCAAGCUCCUCAUGCACCUGCCGUUGGCCGAUCGCUCUGAGGCCGCCGUCACGAUCUCCUAUGAGGCUCAAGCCAGGCUCCAAAAUCCGAUCUAUGGCUGCGUCGCCCACAUCUUCACCCUUCAACAACAAAUUCUUAAUCUGCAAGCUCAAGUUGCCUCCCUUGAAGCACAAACAUCACAGGGGCUCAGUGCUGCCGCUGCUGUCAAUCUUCCUCCUCAUCAUCCGCAACAAGUCAACCCCUGCAACACAUUUCAACCUCACGAAAGUCAACACUUCCAUGGCUUCGUCGAUCAAGCUUUAGGGGAGGCAGAGAUGAUCACACCCUCAUUGAUGGAUGUGGAACAUUGCAUGAACCAUGUUGGCCCUAACUUGGAAAUGAUCAGUGAGGAUUUAUUGUUCCCUUUUGGAAGUGAGGACACUGAUUGCUUGGAUUUCCAGGACAAUUUUUGGAAGUCGGCUUACCAAGAAGUGGAGGAGAGACUCAAUUUCUAGAGGUUGAUGAUAUCGUUGGGCAUUGAAGAUAAGGUGUGAUGAAUUCAUCGAUGUGAUUUGUUUCAUGCUUAUUUAAAGCAUGGGUUAAAUUUAUUUAGUGAAAAUAGGAUAUGUGGAAUAUUUGAUACACCAUAGCCAUGUAUGAUCGAAGAAAAGAGCAAUGGAUAGUUGGAUACACGGAAUAAAAAAAGGGAAAAAUGGAUGCUCUGGAAGAAAAGGACAAUAAUGAAUUAU